AUGCAAGAUACUGAAUAUUUUGACGCUUUGUCAGAAUGUUUGACAUCUGACUUUUACAACCACUUGUUCUCAUAUUUUAUGACAUUAGAUAUUUCUAAGUUCAAUCCAAGACAAAUUCCACAUACAGAAGAGAGACAAACAUUGUUAGAAGCAAACAAGAGUGUAUAUGAACUGUUUAUAGAUGAGACUAACUUUGAGUGUUUAGAUGAAAGGUCAUUGUACGAUUCGUAUAAACAAUAUUGUCAAGAAUAUGGUUAUAUGGCAGCUUCUAAACGAACAUUCUUGGCAAAUGUCAAAAAUCUUUUAGAUGUUCAGAAUGGUGUAUAUACAAAGAAAAAUUUUUAUGAGUAA